AUGUUGCAAUACAAUCUUUUUCACCGCCUCCGCCGAGUCUUACCCCGCCCCGAUAAUCCAGAUGGUGCAUCAAUCUCAGGAGCUCUUGAUGAUGACGAUAUCGAUAGCUAUGGCCGCUGGGACUCUGGACGUCAGCCCCACACUCACCCACGCAGAACAGUCAUGGAUGAACCUAGCAUAGCAGCAAUAAUGAUUGAAGAAACCCGUACUUUCGCUGAAUUUGGCGACCGAGAACGAAGUUUCUCGGCAACGGUUCAGAUCGAACAUCAGCAGAGAUCAGGUUCACCUCCUGCCGACGCUACACAAUUAGAAGAAGACUUGAAUGAUUUUGAGGCCAGAGCAUUGGAAGCAGCAAUGCAAACCAACGGAGGUCCUCUACCACACCCCCAUCAUCACACACCAGCUGAUCCAGCUGCCGUAACCGCUCGGAUGAGAUCAGCAAGGCAACAACACCGUGUAACACGUCUAUCACAACACCCUGCAGACGUCGUAGCCUCUCACGCAUCCGAUGGCAUCGCAACUGCCCUCAGUAGCGGGUUUGAAAGUGCUGUUAUGAGAACUGUAGCAAGGAGUUUCAUGAUCCGGCAGAUGGGGGUUGAUCCAAGCCCUAUUUAUAAACCAAGCGACGUCUUUGGAAACUGGAAACUGGUAACGAAGGCAUUGGCAGGAGAAUGGGCCUUGAUGUUCAUGUUAUUUGAGGGCAGCUAUUAUGCCACGACUUUUAUUGGAAUUAGGUGGUUCGGGUGGGUGUGA